CUCCUCGUGCCGUCGACAUAGCGGCCUCAGUUGGCUUUCGGCCUUAUACGAUAUAAACCACUCGAACGCAGCAGAAAGAUGUACUCAACCAAGGUGCUCAACAAGAACAUCGCCCAGAGCUACCUCACCAUCGGUGAUCCGUACCGAGACCCGCACCUGAUCGAAAGCAAGAACUCACGCCACAAAGGUAAACAGAUCCUGACUGUACCAGCGAAGAAUACUUGCAAUGGUUCCGGAUACUUCGAGAAGAAGACGUAUGCGUCGGAUCCGUUGCAGGACAACACAGCGUACCUCAAGUCGCAGCCGAUGGACACGCGCAAGUCUGGUUUCGGUUCCAAGGAUGCAAGUCGACGAGACGAGUUUAUGAGCCACAUUCGCACAGAGCAGUACCGUGAGACUCUGCACACAGAGAUGAAGAUCCUCGACAAGCAGAAGCAGGACGAUCCGCCUGGUCUCUUUGAUGCACUGGACUCUCUGAACCAGAGCCACCACUUCCCAGAAGGUUUACAGGAAACGAAGCACCUGUACGAUAUCGGGCGUUCACAGACCACCGAGUUCAAUCAGAAGUCACACCGAGACACAUUCUACACGAUGCGUGUGGGCAACUCGCAGUACAAGCGAAACAACGGGCCGUUCAUGCUCACUUCCGAGUCCAUCGGGCUCGGUGCUGAUGACGUCACUGGAAAUCGCCCGACACCAAAGGGAGCAAGCACUAGACAGUUCUACGACCACAGCCACCUGCACGUUUGAGAAUAGCAACACAGCAGCAUGACUUGGUAGCCGGCAGAGUUUGAAUAAUGAACUAAGUAUGCUGCACAAUGAAGCGAUCAGUUCAUUCGUUAGACCUUCC